AAGAGAGCAAAUUAUUUUGAAUUAUUAAAGAUGUUGCUAAUCUUUUAAGGUACUCGGGUAAAUGGAGAUCCCAAACAGAAUAUGUGAAUUAUAAAAGUAAAGGGAUUGUUUUUGCUGAAUCAGUAAAUUAUCUGAGGUUGAUUUCAUCGAUUGCUGGUGAACUAAACAUUGACAAAACUCAAAAAAAUAUUGAUGUACGUUAUGUUGUUGACGGGAAUGAUUCACCUUUUCAUAUCCGUAACGAUAAUAACGUACGAUUGUAUGUCGAGUUACAAAAAUGUCAACCGGCAUUCAUGAUGUAUCCAUUAUGUAUUUCAACAAUAGAAAAAUAUGAAGACGAUAUAUUGUUCAAUAGGGAAACAGGAGCUGUGGUUUGCCUUGAAGGUGUUGAAUCUGAUGCUUUGGUUUUAUCUGUUGCUGAGACACAAAAUAAGUAUGCUUUGUAUGUCCCGGAGGUUGAAGAUAACUUGAUAUGUGAUAGCAAGAGUAUUGAUGUAAAGAUGAAACAGAUGUAUAAGGACAAAAAUAUGCUUGUUUCAGUGAUGUCGAAAUAUAAGGUGACUAAUGGAUUCAAUGUUAGAGCAAAACGAUCAGACAAAAAAAGCUCCAAAACUAGUUAACUAUAAGAGAAGGCACACACCGGGGGACAUCAUUGAAGAAAUGAAAGUUAUAUAUGGUGUGGAUAUAAAUUAUAUGAAAGCAUGGCGUGCGAAGGAGCAUGCCAUCGCUUUGCUUAGGGGUGGACCUGCGGAUGGUUAUAGACAGAUGCCGAGAUAUAUUUAUAUGUUAAAAAUGUAUAUCCUAAUUCACACGUUGCAAUGCACAAAUCAUCCCAUGUUAAGGGGUUUUGAGUAUUGCAGACCUGUUGUUGUUGUUGACGGUGCACAUUUAAGUGGACCAUAUCAAGGCACUUUCGUCUCAGUAAGUACUCUCGAUGGUGCAG